AUGGCCGACCCCAUCACAGACGUCGACGUCGACGUCGACCUCGACAUCCAAGAAAUCCUCCUCGCCGCCUCCCAACACAACAUCCCCACACUCCGCCGCCUGAUCCGCGCCAACGACAAAACCGGCAACCCCGCCAACGUCAAGGAUCCCGAGACGGGCUUUACGCCGCUGCACGCCGCGAUUGCCGCCUGUGAGUUGGACGAGGGCGAGGGCGCACAGACCAACGGCGCCUCGGGCAGCGAGCAGAAGAGUCUUGUCCAGUUGGGCGUGGACACGGUCAGGUUCCUGCUGCAGGAGGGCGCGAUCUGGAAUGAUUUGGAUGUGAACGAUGAGACGCCUGGGUGUCUUGCGCGGCGGCUGGGGCUGACGGAGCUGUAUGAGAUGCUGGUGGAUGCGGGGGUAAGGGCGGAGUUGCUGCUGAACCGGUUGGAUGGGUAUGAGGAGCUCUCAGAUGACGAGGACGAGGACGAGGACGAGGAUCAGGAGAUGAGACAGGGGGACGAGCAAGAGCAAGAGCAGCAGACAACAGCGGAAGAGAACCAGGCCGUCCCAGAGUUAGUCGAGGCAUCAGCGACAACCACCGCGGCAGACCCAGACGUCACCAGCUCGCGCUACCUCGACUCGAACCUCACGUUCCAGAACGACCGCCUCCUCGACCAAGACCAGAACGGCGUGAUGAUGGCCUGGGAGACGGAGAUCAUGUCCAAGUCCGCGAAGAAGCUGCUGCCGACGACUGGGCUGCGCGUCCUCAACGUCGGCCACGGCAUGGGCAUCGUCGACGGCUUCAUCCAGGAGCAGCAGCCCGCCGCGCACCACAUCGUCGAAGCCCACCCGGAGGUGGUGGCGGAGAUGAAGCGCCGCGGCUGGCACGAGAAGCCGGGCGUGCACAUCCACGAGGGCCGGUGGCAGGAUAUCCUGCCGGCGUUGGUGGCGCAGGGCGAGACCUUCGAUGCGAUCUACUACGACACGUUUGCCGAGUCGUAUGCGGAUUUCCGGGAGUUCUUCAGCGAGCAGGUCAUUGGGUUGCUGGAGCAGGAGGGCAAGUGGGGUUUCUUCAACGGUAUGGGUGCCGACCGCCAGAUCAGCUACGAUGUCUAUCAGAAGGUCGUCGAGAUGGAUCUCUUUGAGGCUGGGUUCGACGUGGAGUGGGAGGAUAUGAAAGUUCCCAAGCUGGAAGGGGAGUGGAAUGGCGUGCGCAGACCGUAUUGGGUGGUCGACAAUUACCGCCUGCCUUUGUGUAAAUUCAUGGAUUAA